UCGCCACCGCCGUCUCCGGCCGUUCCCCCGUCGCCAUCCGUCCAGAUCCCUCUUCAGCCAGGCGGUCGGACAAGAUGAUGGGCGGCUUCCUCUCCAGGAUCCUCCUGUUGGUCUUUGGCUACGCCUAUCCUGCAUAUGAGUGCUACAAGACUGUUGAACUGAACAAGCCUGAGAUCGAGCAGCUCAUAUUCUGGUGUCAAUACUGGAUUUUAGUUGCUCUUAUGACAGUUUUGGAGAGGUUUGGAGAUUUGACGAUCUCAUGGCUACCAUUUUACUCCGAGGCAAAGCUCUUGUUCUUUAUUUACUUGUGGUACCCUAGGACAAAGGGAACUACCUACAUUUAUGGCACCUUCUUCAAGCCAUAUAUUUCACAGCAUGAGAAUGAAAUCGACCGUAAUUUGCUUGAAUUGAGAGCUCGGGCCAGCGAUGUAGUUGUCGUUUAUUUCCAGAAGGCUGCUUCUGCAGGACAGAGUACCUUCUUUGAAGUUCUGAAGUAUGUUGCUUCACAGUCACCAUCCCAGAAAUCAAAACAACAACGUUCUCAGGAACCACAGCAGCCACAACAACAGCAACCGCAACCUCAGGUACAGCAGCAACAGCAAUCACAAAGACAAGGCCCGCCUGUUAUGCGCAGAGCAGCAUCUAUUGCUGCUCGGCAAGCAGCGAUGGCACAGCAAGCUCAGGAGACCAAGCCUCUUUCCCCCAAGAUCAAGCGUCAAGCAUCUGCGAAAGCUGGUCCAGUGGCAUCCACGAAACCUGUCGCAGCUGCAUCUGCAGCAAAACCUGACGAUAACACUAAGAAAAGUGAGGCAAAACCUGCGGUCGAACUAGUGCCUGUCUCAGCUGCUGAUGCUGAUGUACCAAAGCCUGAGCCUAGGGUUCAGCCAACCCCUGAACCCGAAGCAGAUGAUGACGUUGUUGAUGAGGUUGACGAUGAUGCUGUAGAGGGCGCUGAAGAGCUUGAGCCUUCAUUAGAAGAGGAGACUGUGAUGGAGGAGACCAUCCGCGUGACACGUGCCAAGCUAAGGAGGCGCGCUGCCGCUGAGGCUUCUGCAUGAAAAUUAGCCGCAAAGCAUUCUUUCUUUGCACAUUGGGUUGCUCUUUUUUCUCGAGCCUUAGAAUGUCACGUUGUUUGGUGUUGGUCCAAAGUCCAAUUGAUCGUUCUGUUCCAGAGUUGUCAUCUUUUCUGUUCCUUUCUUCUUGCUGUUGUUCUCGCUAGCCUGGCUCUGUGCUUGGAAGUUGUAAAUAUCACUGGCAUAUGUAUAUACAGAUUGUUGGCAUGUGCUAUGUGCAUCUAUCUUGAUUCUUGAGA